AUGCCAGAAGAUAUAGUUGCUGAUAUAUCGAAGCAGCUGACGAUCAUUGGGUCUGCAACGUGUGGAAAGACAAGCAUUCUUACAAGGCACAUAAAAAAAGUGUUUGGCACGGAAAUCAGUCCCACCGUGUUUAACUCAGUGAACAACAUGUAUAAGCACCCAGGCAAUACUAUUGAGCUGCGCCUGUGGGACACUGCAGGGCAAGAUGAGUAUGCAAGGUUCAGGCACCUGGCGCUGCCAUCAGCAGACUAUAUUGCGAUUGUGUAUGCAAUUGACGACAGAACGUCGUAUGCAGAGGUUAAGAACAACCUUGUUGGGCAGGUCCGCGAAAAAGCGCCGCUUGCAAAGUAUUUCCUUGUAGGGGCAAAGACUGACCUGAGAGACGACAGCCAGCGACUCGAGGAGCUUGCGAGAAAUGGCGAUUCGCCUAUAUCUACAGUAGAAGGGCUAGAGCUUGCCAGAAAUGUUGGAGCCGUGGGGUAUUUUGAGUGCUCGGCAAAGAGUGGUGUUGGUGUUGAUGAGAUCUUUGAGAAGAUCUCUGAGUAUGCACUGCAGACACAUCUCAAGGAAAGCAGGUCGUUUUUCGGAGGAAUGUGGUCUUCACUGUGUGAUUUCAUCUGUUGCAGAGAAAUAAAUUGA